AUCAUUUAACAUCGCUUUCCGCAAGUGCUUCCACUGAAUGGUGGCGAUCCUUGGAAGUAUACCAGGGCCAGUAGAACACAGGCGAGGAUGACUUCGAAUAUUCUGGACAGGAAUUCACUCAACCCAUCGCAGACUCAUGCAUGAGACCUAUGUGUUCUCUAGUCGCCGUACAUAUAUGGCUCUCGUCGACUUUGGCAGAGGCGAUGGAUUGGUAUUCGACUGAGGCACACGCCCCAUUUGGGCAAAUAAGGACUGAAUCGGGACACGAGGAAUACAACAUUCUCUCAUCCAAAGGAGCAAAAGAAACCACGCCUCCUGUGGAAAGAAACCGGCAGCCUCCGCGUCCUCUUAUUACCCUGCGAAAGUAUCUACCCGUGCGGAGGAUUGAACUCAGACCACGGGUGAUUGUCGCAUGUCCGCUCCAACCAAGUAGACCACACACACACCAGGCGAGAAGGCGGGGUCAAUGCUUGGGUAGGGCAAAGUUGCGUGGAAAGAGAGGGAUGUGGUUGUGAUUGAGCAAGUUGUGUGCCUGAGAGCCUGAGGCGGAGAGACCAGGCUGCAGCGUUCGGCGUGUAUAACUAGAAAUCUCGGACUCUCUCUUGUCAGUCAUACCGUGGGGGUGGAGAGAUAUGGGCGUAGCAAGAAUAUGCCAGGUGUGCAUUUCC